ACUCUUGAAUCAACCAGAAAUAGAGAGCUGGAAGCGUUAAUAAUAAACAAAUGACAAAGCCCAAAACAGAUGAUUUAUUUGUAAAUAAAGCUUGAAACUGAGCAACUUUUUAAUUUGACUCUGAUAUUUAAGUCUUUCCUUAAGUAAUUAAUGUCUUCAAUCAAAUAAAUCGCUUCCUAAUUAUUUUUUUAAGUUAGUUGAUAAUUUUUUCGUAAUCUGUUGCUAUUCAAGAUAAGUUUAAUUGUCAUUUCGAAACUAGGCUUGCUUGGAUUGUUCUUGAAUUUAAUGUAAUGAUUAAGUGGAAUUUGUGUAACUUUUAAAAUCUAAAUUUAAUAUGAAAUAAAAAUCAAGGAAAUCACAGCAUUUGAAGUAUAAUUAGUUAUUGUAGAGCUGAACCAUGGGAAACCAACUGACUGGCAUUGCUCCCUCACAGAUUUUUCCUGUGGAAUACUAUUUCAGUGAUCUUCCAGAAUGCAGCUUUGAUUUAAAUUUGGGAAGUACGAGAUUUUUUAAAGUUGCUAGAGCAAAACACAAGGAAGGAUUGAUUGUUGUCAAAGUAUUUGCCAUUAGGGAUCCUUCCUUGCCUUUAAAAGCACACAGAGAUCGCUUAGAUGAAAUUAGAAAGCUCCUAAAAAAUGUGCCAAAUGCCUUGCCUUUUCAAAAAGCUAUGAUAACUGAUAAAGCUGGUAUUUUAAUCCGUCAGUAUGUCAAAGAUAAUUUAUAUGAUAGAAUCAGUACAAGACCUUUUUUGAACAGUAUUGAAAAACGCUGGAUUGCAUUUCAACUCUUACAGUGUCUCAGUGAAUGCCACAAACUUGGUGUGUAUCAUGGUGAUAUUAAACUUGAAAAUGUUAUGGUGAGCAGUUGGAAUUGGCUACUUCUUACAGAUUUUGCAAGUUUUAAGCCCACAAAUCUUGCUGAGGACAACCCUGCUGAUUUCUCGUACUUCUUUGAUACCUCAAGACGAAGAACUUGCUAUGUUGCUCCUGAGAGAUUCAUUAAAACCAUAAGUUCAUCGAGUGUGUAUAGCAUGGCUUCAACCGUAAGUUCUUCCAGUGGAAGUUCAAUAGCUCCUCCUUCUCCAUCUCUCAUCAUUCACGCUGAUGAAAUAAAAACUGGUGAUUUGACUGGGGCAAUGGACAUUUUUUCUUUAGGGUGUGCAUUAACAGAACUCUUUACUGAAGGUUCUGCUCCUUUUGAUUUUUCUCAACUGUUACGAUAUAGGAUAGGAGAAUAUGAACCAUCUAAAGUUCUUGAGAAAAUUGAAGACACUAAUAUGAAGAAACUUGUGCAAAGUAUGAUGCAAAAAGAUCCAUCUGCUCGCUUGAGUGCAGCAGAGUAUUUAGACUUACAACGAGAUAAGGCAUUUCCUGAGUAUUUCUAUUCCUUUCUUAAUGACUAUUUCAAGAUAUUUUCAACUUAUCCUCGUUCACCUGAUGAAAAAAUUUAUAAAUUGAAAAAGGAUAUUUACAACAUAAUUGAUGUUAUAACAACAUAUGAAAAGCAACUAAGUGUUAAUGAGUCAUCUAACAAUAAGGAAAAUGUAAUUAGUGAAGGCCUUGUCAUUGUUGUUUCUCUGUUGACUUCUUUAUUGAGGGCCUUAAAACAUUGCUCUGCCAAACUUAAUGCCUUAGAUGUCCUGAAAAUCAUGGCAUGUUACUUAAGUCCAGAUGUAAUAUUAGACAGACUUCUCCCAUAUUUGGUGUACUUGGCUAAAGACAAAUACCCUAAAGUCCGUGUUGCAGUUAUUCAAACUCUCACUGAAUGCCUUUCUCUUAUUAAAAGUAUUCCUAGAAGUGAUGGAAAUGUUUUCCCUGAAUAUAUUCUGCCUAAUUUAUCUCAUAUUGCUCAUGACGAAGCUGUGAUAGUACGCAUGGCCUAUGCUGAAAAUAUUGCUUCAUUAGCUGAAACAGCUUUGAGGUUUUUAGAAAUGACUCAUUCUGAUAUGGAACCUGAUCCAGACAGCACUUUCCUGAGUGAUGAAGAAAGAAAUCACCAUAACAAAGUUUCUUAUGAUCAUGAACUGCAAGCUUUGCAAGAGUUGGUACAGCAAAGUGUGACAACAUUACUCAGUGAUCCAGUUAAUGCUGUUAAACAGACUCUAUUGGAAAGAGGAAUACAAAGACUUUGUGUCUUUUUUGGAAGGCGAAAAGGAAAUGAUGUUUUGCUUUCUCACAUGAUUACUUACCUAAAUGAUAAGGAAGACCGACAUUUGCGUGGGGCUUUUUUUGAUGCAAUUGUGGGAGUGGCUUCUUAUGUUGGAUGGCAAUGUUGUCCAAUAUUGAAACCUUUAUUGCAACAGGGUUUAACUGAUUCAGAAGACUUUGUGAUACGUAAAGCCCUUGCAGCUUUAUCUGAGUUAACUGAAUUGGGACUUCUUCAGAAGCAAAUGUUGUAUGAUCUCGUUACUGAAGCCAUCCCUCUAUUAAUUCAUCCUAAUUUAUGGAUUAAACAGUCUGCUGUUGGCUUUGUUUGUGUUGUUGCCAAAUCUUUAAACUUAGCUGAUGUUCAGUGCAGGCUGAUUCCUUUACUUCAACCUUUUCUAAGACAUUCUGUCAUUCAAGUUGACAAAGAGCUUGUGCUACUGAAUGCAUUGCAAGAUCCUGUUCCCAGAUGCAUUUUUGAUUUUCUUAUUAGACUGCCUACUUUAAGAAACCUUUUAGAAAGUUUGUGUGAAAGGAAAAUUUCAAGAUCUGUUGCCAGACCAGGUCAUCUUCCUGCUUAUCGAGAACUGGACCCAAAUCUUAAUAUGGUUUAUAAUCGCCUGCAAUCUGAUGGAAUGAAUGAACUUGUUGAAGAAGAAAUAUUGGCAAUGAAAGAUCAUUUACUAAAAGUUCAGCUUAAAAAGUGUGGUGAUCUUGUUUCUUCAAGCAAUAUGAAUGAAGGUGAAAUCGAUCUUUCAAGUUAUCCAUUUCCUCCGCAGACUUAUUCUGUUCCUUUGGUUCUUGUUGAAAAUCAUUUUGACAAACCAAUGCAAGCUGUUCAAAAUUCUGUAUUUUAUUCCAGCAGAAAACCAGCAAGAAAAGCAAAAUCCACUGUAGAGUCACCUACUGUUAUGAAUGAAGAAUGGCAGCACAUGUUUGGAUCUAGUGAAGUAAAAAGCCCUCCAUCGCCAAAACUAACACAUCAAAAUUCUGAUCCUUCAUUAAAUUCUUUCGUCACCAGUGGAAAAGUAACAGAAGAAGGUUUGGAAUUUAUAAAUCCUAUUGAUGAUAAAAACAUUCCAUUACAGUUAGAUAUUAUUGAAGACAUGAAACCAAAUCACUGUGCCCCCUGCAGGGAAGAGUUAGCAGCACUCAUAUACAAGAAACAAGAGGAGUGGAUUAGUGAUGAAAUUGCUAGGGAAGCAAGUGAUGUGAAACUGAAAGAUGAAAAGCCUCAACAGAGUAGUAAAAAAAGUGUUAAAAUUCCUGCUGGUUCACUUAUAGCUCAUCUCCAAGAACAUAGAGGUUCUGUCAACAAGAUUCAGGUAAUUACUGGCACUUGCCUUUUUGCCACUUGCUCCAACGAUGGAACAGUCAAGAUAUGGGAUUGUGAAAAAAUGGAAGGAAGAAAUGUAGCUAAUCGAUCAAGACUCUCUUACAACAGGCUAGAUAGUCCAGUAUCUUCUAUGACUUUAUGCCAAAAUAUGCAAUCAAUAGCUGCUGCAUCCGAUAAUGGAAGCAUCCAUGUUUUUAGAUUUCAGUAUGAAAACACAAAAUCAACUCUACUCUAUACAAGAAAUCUAGAUCCUGUUGAGGAAGGCUGUGUGGUUGACAUUGAUUACUUUGAUACAGGUAGCCAAUCUGUUUUGGCAUAUGCAACAGUAACUGGAUCAAUUGUUGGAUGGGACUUACGUUCUCCUGGAACAGCCUGGAAAUUGGAAAAUAGCCCACGCCAAGGUGUCAUUACAUCAUUUUGCACUGAUCCUCAUCACUGUUGGCUUGUUGUUGGUACAUCUCGAGGUCACAUGAUUUGUUGGGAUCUUCGUUUUCAACUUCCAAUCACUACUGUGACGCAUCCAACAAAUUCUCGUAUUCGUCAUAUGUUAGUCCACCCCAAAAAGAAGUCUUCUAUCUUUACAUCAGUCCAAGGAAAUAAUGAGGUGUGCUUAUGGGAUAUGGAAACUCAAGGAAGACUAAUGACUUUGUGGACAAUCAAUAAAGCCGCUCCACUUUCUUUAACUGAGGUGGCAUCCGACGAUUCCAUUUAUUCCAUGUGCUGGUCAUCUCAUGAACAAAAUUCAGCUCUUCUAACAGCUGGCUCUGAUAGAAGAAUACGUUAUUGGGAUUUGAAAAAUCCCACUGCCUCUCGUGUGAUUGUGGGAGCUGUUAAUGAUCGCUUUGUGCCACUCUCCAGCUUCAACUACACUCUUAGAGUGAUUGAUGGAACGGAAGUAUUAUGUGAACAUCAUCCAUUAGAAAAUGAAAAAGAUAAGAACUCAUCUUCGAGUGGAAAAACAUCUUCAGAAGAUGUGGUUGUCCGUCGUUACCCAGAAACUCCUCAACCCGGACACUAUGACAUCAUUAGUGCUAUUUCCACCAUUCAAACCUCCCAGCACCUUGUCAUAUCAGCCUCAAAAGAUGGUGUUGUUAAAGUUUGGAAAUGAGUUAUCUUCAUUAUGUUAAUCUUUCAAUUAUUAUUUAUACAUAGUUCCUGAUUUAAAGUAAUAUAUUGUAUAUAAAUUAAUUAAGACACUAAUGUUGUAAGUUCAAUUUUCGGGACCAUUUGUAAUCAAUAUUUUCUUGUGUUCGUCUAGCAAAUGCGAUAAGAUGUAAAAUUGAUACUGUAAGAAUUAUGAAAUAUGAGUGAGCUUAAGUGUCCUAUAAUUACCUAUGUCAAAUCUAUGAAAUCAUUAUGUAAAAAGGAAUUGUAAAUUUCUUUUGUACAGUAAAAAAUCAUAUCAAGUU